CUCAAGCUCUUCCUCUGCAAAAACUCUCCCCCAUUACAAGCAUCACCGCCACCGUCGUCGCCGGCACCCUCAGUCAAAGUGUAAGAUGAUGAAAAGCUCAAGGCCCUAGGGUUUUGUUGAGAAACGCCGAAAAAAGGAGAAUUGCAAUGGAGAAACCAAAAGCUCCACCACAAUCAAUGGAGCUGCUGUGCGUGGGGAGACUAGAAAUCGUGAGGCCAAAACCCGUCGGUUUCCUCUGCGGUUCCAUCCCCGUCCCCACGGACAAAGCUUUUCAUGACUUUGAUUCCGCCGCCCUUAUUCCCUCUGCACAAACGGUGCAAGCUCCGAGAUAUCGGAUGAUUCCUACAGAGACUGAUCUUAAUAUGUUACCUAUUCCACAAACACCCCCGGAAAAGGUGCUUCCGGUUGCUGCUGCACAAUCAAAGACAAGUGGAGAUUUAUCAUGGGAAAAUGGGAUUAUUACUCCAAAUGUUACACGAAAAGGAGAGGUGCUUGCUGUGUCUGGCUUGGCAGAAUAUGGAGACGAGAUAGACGUUAUUGCCCCAGCUGACGUUUUGAAGCAGAUUUUUAAGAUGCCAUACUCCAAAGCUCGAUUAUCUAUUGCUGUACAACGUGUUGGACAGACUCUAGUUUUGAACACUGGGCCGGAUGUUGAAGAGGGAGAGAAGAUAGUUAGAAGACAGAAGAACCAAUCAAAAUCUGCAGAUGAGUCCUUGUUUCUGAACUUUGCCAUGCACUCAGUUAGAAUGGAGGCCUGCGAUUGUCCACCAAGUCAUCAUACGGCAACAAAAGAUAAAUCAGAUUCAUGUGUUCUUCCUGGAAGAUUUGAGUCUGGGGAGGAGCCAGUUGAAACGUUGAGAAAUUAUAUGCAACAAAAUAAUUCAUCUGGACAUAGCCAUGACAUGUCUGAGGAUGAAGACUUUAAGCGUUAUCAAGAAUACGCGAAGGUCAAAGAGGAUGAGGUCUUUUGGGGAAAAAAUAAGAGUAAGAGAAAUAAAGGCCAAACUGCAAUUAAAAAAAUUUCACAAGUUAAAGAGAAGCCUAAUUGCACGGUUAAAGAGUCGGAAAAACAUAGAAGAGUUAAGGAUGAUAGUUUCUUGAGGGUUUUGUUUUGGCAGUUUCACAACUUUCGCAUGCUUCUGGGCAGUGACUUGCUCAUAUUUAGCAAUGAGAAGUAUGUUGCAGUUAGCUUGCAUCUUUGGGAUGUUUCUCGACAGGUUACUCCCCUAACUUGGCUGGAAGCCUGGCUAGACAAUGUUAUGGCCAGUGUGCCUGAAUUGGCCAUAUGUUAUCAUCAAGAUGGUGUUGUCCAGGGCUAUGAGCUUUUGAAAACGGAAGAUAUAUUUCUACUGAAAGGCAUAUCAGAAGAUGGCACUCCUGCUUUUCAUCCCUAUGUUGUCCAGCAAAAUGGUUUAAUGGUAUUAAGGUUUCUUCAGGACAACUGCAAGCAAGAUCCUGGUGCUUAUUGGCUAUACAAAAGUGCUGGAGAAGAUGUCAUUCAGCUUUUUGAUUUAUCUAUUAUGCCUAAAAACCACUCUCCUGAAGAUUGUGAUGAUGCUGAAAGUGGUCUGCCAUCUUUGAUUCAUAGAGGGAGAAGUGAUUCGUUACUCUCUUUAGGCACCCUGCUUUAUCGAAUUGCUCACAGGCUCUCACUCUCAAUGUCUUCUGAUAAGAGGACAAGGUGUGUGAGGUUUUUCAGACAAUGUCUUGAUCUCCUUGAUGAGCCUGAUCAUCUGGUUGUCCGUGCAUUUGCUCAUGAACAAUUUGCAAGGCUGCUUUUAGUUUAUGAUGAGGAACUGGACUUGACAUCUGAAGCAGUACCUACAGACUAUGAAGUUACAGUUGCUGAUGCUGAGGAAGAUUCCUGUGAGGCCUAUCCUACAGUUUCCGAAUCUGAAUUUGAAAAGGUUGAUCCAGAAGAAGUGCAAAUUUUGGAUCUUGAAAAUUCUGUUGCAAAGACAGAGAAUGGUAACAUAUCUUCUGUUACUGUAUCUGGUGACCCACCCUUGGUAUAUCCACUUGAUAUCCCAAGUUCCAGUGGUCAAAGCUUUUCGAUUUGUGAUUCAUUGGAUUCUACUGGUCCUGUGGUGCAAGCAGUUACAGAUCCAAUCUCCUCAAAGCUGGCUGCUGUACAUCAUGUUUCUCAAGCUAUCAAGUCUAUCAGAUGGAAACGCCAACUACAGCAUACUGAAGUAAACAUGGACUAUAUUAGCAAACUUCAGGGUGGUCUUCAUUCACCAAAUGAUUUUUCAGUAUGUGCAUGUGGGGACCCUGAUUGUAUUGAGGUCUGUGACAUUUGUGAGUGGCUUCUGACGUCAAAAUUGGAUGGUAAGGCAUGGAAACUUGUUCUAUUGCUUGGAGAAUCCUACUUAUCUUUGGGACAAGCUUACAAGGAUGAUGGCCAGCUCUUUCAAGCUUUAAAGGUCGUAGAGUUGGCAUGUUUGGUUUACGGGUCAAUGCCACAACAUCUUAAAGAGACAAGGUUUGUAUCAUCCAUGGUUUGUACCUCACCAAACCAGUUGGAAAUUAUUGAUAGAACAGAAAACAAUGAAUCCAUAACUGGUCAUGAUGGUUUUGCUUUUGAGCAGUCACCUUCCUGUUACCUAUUUUGGGCCAAGGCCUGGACAUUAGUAGGCGAUGUGUAUGUUGAGUUUCACUUGAUAAAGGACAAAGAGAUCUCUGUCAAAUCAGAGAAAAAAUCAUUGACGAAGGAACUAAAAAUGUCACCUGAAGUUUUGAAGGAGGUUGAAAGGCUUAAAAAGAAGCUGGGACAAUGUAGCCAAAACUGCAGUUCCUGUUCGUUAGUGAACUGCAGCUGCCAGAGUGACAGGGCUACUAGUGGUAGUAGUGCCAGUAGUAGUUCUGCAAGUUUACAUCCAUCAGCUUAUGGCAGGAAGAUGAGUAAGAAAUCAAUCACCAAGGGUACCUUGUAUUCAAAUGCCAAGUCGAAUGAGGAUGCUCGAGCUCAUCAGCGAGCAGAAAAAAGUGGAUACUCAAAAGCCAACAAAUAUGAGAUGUUAACAAACACUUCUGGUGUGAAUGCAGAUGCUGGCGGUGAUAAAAAGACUGUCAAGUGCGAUGUUGAAAGAGCUGGUACUACCGUGGAGAUGGAAACUGGAUCCAGAGUAGAUAGUCAUUCUGAAGCUGUUGGAGAAACAUCCCAAGUUAGGGAUGGAGGUAUAUUCAAGUAUGUCAGGAAUCCGGUAAUUAGUGAUGGUGAUUACAAUUUGUCUAUUGCUUUAGAGUGUUAUGAAGAAGCUAGAAAAGCACUUGGUAGAAAUCCGCGUACUGUAGGAGAACUUCGAUCUGUAACUAAAAAGAAAGGAUGGGUGAGCAAUGAAUUAGGUAGAAGUAGGCUGGAAAAAAGAGAUCUGGAUGGAGCUGAAAUUGCUUUUGCCGAUGCAAUAAGUUCAUUCAAAGAAGUAUCUGAUCAUACCAACAUCAUCCUGAUUAACUGCAAUCUUGGCCAUGGCAGACGGGCAUUGGCUGAAGAGAUGGUAUCAAAGAUUGAAACUUUCAAGAAAUUUGCUGUCUUCCAUAAUGCAUACAAGCAAGCACUUGAAACAGCUAAACUCGAAUACAGUAAAGCUCUCAUGUAUUAUGGAGCUGCAAAACUGGAAGUAAAUGCUAGCGCUGAAGAUGCAGAUUGUGCAUCAAGCAGCUUGAAGGAUGAAGUGUAUGCACAAUUUGCUCAUACGUACUUGAAGCUUGGCAUGCUUUUAGCAAGAGAAGACACAGUUGCAGAGGUUUAUGAAAAUGGAGUCCUUGAGGAUAAUGCUGGUCCAGCUGUUACUAGACCCGAAAAGGAGUAUAGAAAGCAUGAGAUAUCAGCUAAUGAUGCCAUCAGGCGGGCUUUGUCUGUCUAUGAGUCACUGGGUGAGUUAAGGAAACAAGAGGCUGCAUAUUCAUAUUUCCAGCUCGCUUGUUACCAAAGAGAUCGGUGCUUAAAUUUUUUGGAGUCAGAUAUGAAGAAAAAUAACAUGUCUAGAGGUGAAAACCAAAGGGUAAAGCAGUAUGCUUCAUUGGCAGAUAGGAACUGGCAGAAGUCUAUGGAUUUUUAUGGGCCAGAAACUCAUCCCUGGAUGUACCUGAAUAUUAUAAUGGAGAGAUCAGCUCUCUCUUUGAGCCUCUCGUGUUCUCUGCAUUCAAAUAUGAUUAACAUUAUUGAGGAGAAUACUGUUUGAGGCAGUAAAGUCCAACUCGCUUGGAGAUUUUUUGGCGCACAAAGUUCUUGGCUGGAUCCUGGCUUUAAUGUAAUCAGACUCAGACCUGCCAAAUGAAGAAGAAGAAUUCAACUUUUGACAUGUUAUUCUGAUCAAACAAACCUGCAAUGAAAUAAUAGAUAUGUUUCUAGCAUUGUUUCCUGUUUGUGUUAUUUAUUUUUUUUUUAUGAUUAAAAGAUUUGCCUUAUUUCUGAACAUAUUUUUGUUGUGUGCUAUGGAUGUAGUAGCAUUGUAUCAAAGUGUGACUGUAUUAAUGGUGAAGAGUGCUGAAUAUGACCAUCUUAUUUGAUUCUCAUAUGCAUGACGAAUAUGUAUAUGCAUGCAGUUACUUCAUAUGCGCCAUCCCUACAGGCUCUGCCUUUGUAAGAGGUUUCACUGAGAUGCAUAAACAAGUUAUGAUGGGUUGCUUAUUGUUAACCUGAAGUAAUGUUUGACAUCCAACUUUUUUGAGUGUUAACUGGCUCUUGAUUUUACUAGGAGCCACCAUGCUUUGCGGACAGUGUUUGCAUUGUUUGCUUAUCUGUUCUGCUACUUUAUCUCCUGGCUACCUCUUCUCUCAGACUCAUAAUUUUGACUCGAAGAGCACUGCUAAUGAUAGUCUUAAAGAGUUAUGUCAGCUUGAUUUUUUUAAAAGUGAUUAAUAUGUCCCGAGGAGUUAUUUUCUCUUCCAUUGCAUAUUUUGAUGGCGUCUUUGCCUGUUCAACAGUUCCUGGAAUCUGCUCUUACUCGCCUACUUGAAGCCCGCCAUUUAUCUAUAAAUGAGUCUUUCGGCAAGGAGAAUCCUGAAAUUUGUGCUAAGUUCUGGAGUCAGCUGCAGAUGGUGUUGAAGAAGGUAUUGUCAGCAACACUUCCAAUGAAUUCACAGAAGUCUGCUGUCAACUCUCUGCAAAACCCGGGGCACAAGUCUGGAGAAGUUGCAAAGUUGAGGGAGCUCUACAAAAUGUCUUUAAAAUCUUCUGAUUUCAGUGAGUUGCAUGCCAUCCACUGCUUGUGGACUUCGUGAAUUUGACAAGGGUCACAUUCCCCACUAAAAUCAUUCUCUUUUUGUAUGUAAAAGGUGAUAUAUUACUGGAAAAUUGACAAAUAGUGCUCAUAGUGCUGUAUGUAUGGUCUACUACUACUGAUAUACCCCUUCUCGCGAUAUCCUUGACUACUAGAAAUAUGAAAUUACUAUACUGUAACCACUGUAGACUGGUGAGUCUUCCUUUUGUUCAGUGUUGAGACGUCAGUGUCUUAACUAAGAAUAAUAGUAAAUGGCGCAUGAGGUUGUGGAAUACACGCGUUCCAGAGUUCACCAAACUUGAACUGCUGAUGAUGGACUGGAUAUUAUUACUGUUAUUAUUUUAAUGGAAAUGAAGAAAUGAUGUCA